AUGGCCGCCGGUGCGGGCAAUGGAGGAGGAGCACCGAGCUUUCGUCAGCCGCUGUACCGCUGUCCGGUCUGCCCGGCGGUCUGGCCGUCGUGCCAUGAGCUCAGGAACCACCUCUACACGAUCCACCCCAACGAGGCUGCGGAGCUGGUGAUCCCGUUGGUGCAGUACGUGGAGAAUUCCAGGCGCGGCGGGAGGGUGCCGCCGCUCCGGCAAGCACCGACUCCUCCUCCUCCUCCGGCGCCGCUGCCGCCACGGUCGCCGGUGCCUGUCCUGACCGUGCAACGCUCGUUUGUGCCGCUCCCUCCGAACCCUGCAUUCUGGGAGGAGUACCGCGGGGGAGGGAGCCCUCCUGUUGAGAUAGGCUUCUUCUUCGUCGUGCCACCACCGGCCAUUGCUGCGCCGCCGGCGCCUGAGCCGGCCGUGACGUGCGGCUUACAGGCGGCGUCCGAGUCCGACUCGGAGUCAUCCGAACUUGACAUUCUGGUCUAG